AUGACCAUCGAAGGAAAUAAGGAUGAAUCCGAUAGGUGCAUCGACAUAGCACAGAGUGCCCUUGCCGCUGGUAACGUUGAGAAGGCCGAGAGGUUUCUGCUGAAGGCCGAGCGUCUAUAUCCCACGGCGCGGGCGAAGGAGCUUCUGGCCCGCGUCAGGGCCGCUGGCGCGGGAACAGCCCCCAAACGCAGUCCCCCGAGCUCGCCGAGCGCUGAGGAGGUCAGGCGGAGGAAGGCGCCAUCUCAUCAGCCGCCUCAAAGGGAGUACACCCAAGAGCAAUUGGAUGCUGUCCGUAGGAUCAAAACGAAAUGCAAGGACUAUUACGAAAUCUUAGGAGUUUCGAAGGAAGCGACCGACUCCGACAUAAAGAAGGCAUACAAGAAGCUUGCUUUACAACUUCACCCCGACAAGAACCAUGCUCCCGGUGCCGCCGAGGCCUUCAAGGCCAUCGGCAACGCGGCCGCCAUCCUGACCGACCCCGAGAGGCGGAAGCAGUACGACCUGCGCGGCGAGGAGCCCGCGCCCUCGGCCCACGCCCACCACCAGACGUACUACGCGCGCGGCUUCGAGUCGGACCUCACCGCCGAGGAGCUGUUCAACAUGUUCUUCGGGGCGACUGCGUUCCCCGGCGGCGGUCCCACGGUGUACGCGCGCCGCCGCGGCCGCGAGCCCGAGCCGCGCGAGUCCGGCACGGGGCUGGUGCAGCUGCUGCCGGUGCUGGUGCUGGUGCUGCUCUCCAUGAUGUCCGGCCUCUUCAUCAGCGAGCCGGUGUUCAGCCUCGCGCCCAGCUCCAAGUACCCGGUGCCGAGGGAGACGGUCAACCUCAAGGUACCGUACUAUGUUAAAGAGAACUUCCACACGGACUACCAGGGCUCACUUCGGCGUCUCGAGAUGUCCAUAGAAGAGGAGUACAUAGUGGGCCUCCGACACGCUUGCCAACGGGAGCGCAACUACCGCGAGAGCAUGGCGUGGAAGGCGAGAAAUUUCGGCGACAGCAAGCAGUACGCUGACGCGCAGAAGCUGCGGACGCCCAGCUGCGAGAAGCUGCAGAAUCUGCAGAAUCUGCCGCGG